GCUCUGGCACGGCUCAGGAACGAGUUUUCAUUGCUGGUGACCUUUAGAUGACGAGUGGCAAUAGAAACAGUGGCUUUUAGUGGAUCCUACCGACCCCCUCGCAACUACGUCAUUCCCCGCCGCAUGGCAGCUCAUAACGAAGCUAUCCCUCCACACCUUGCGUCAGCUCCAGAUUUCAUCAAUUCCCCUACCAUAAACCCCAAAUUCAAUCAAUUGCAAUUGCAUCCCUAAAACCUCAAUCUAUAUCACAAUGGGUCUAUUCAGUUCAUCAACGGAGAAGAGCACCCUUGCUCGCAACCCCGUAAACCCAGACAUCACAACACAGUCCGGCUCAGGCGCCGAGCAAGACCGCUAUGGCGCACACUUCAGCGUCCCCAAAGAUGCCCUCAGCAAGGGCGUAGACAAACUUAGGGACGCCGCCCUAACGAAGGGCGAAGGUGCCGAGCAGGACCGAUACAACGAACACCUCGGUGUAGGCAACAGGGGCUAUGACAAGCUGAAGGAUGCUGCUAAGUACAGGGGCGAUGGCGCAGAACAAGAUCGCUACAACACACACUUCAGCCCAGCGCUACACAGCCUUGACGCGCAGAAGGUGAAGCACGCAGCUCAGAGCAUUGUAACCAAGGGCAAUGCUGCGAGCUACCAUGGACUCGGGUAUGACGGACAACAGCGCGCGAAGCUUUUGGCUGGGUCUGGUACUGGCGCUGAACAGGAUCGCUACGGAUCGCGUUUCGGCCUCAGCCAAGACACUGUCGCGUCGGCCGCACAGAAGGUUAAGGAUGGAGCAAAGGACGUUCUGGAGAGGAGAUAAACGAGCGAGUCUCACAUGUUUUGAUAAUGGAAAGUCUGGACGGCGAUUGCUACGGCUAAGAAUUUGUACAACAAAACGAACGCGACAUAGCGAUUCGAUUAUUCAUUAUUUGCUAUCAGAAGCAAACUUCGAAUAUCCUCUCGGUCCCCC